AUGGUGAUCUACAUUGCUCAAAUCUACGCGGCUGCAAAUCGGCUGACGUCCGCUAUAUUUCCGCUCUCCUAUGAACAUCUCUGGACAAAAUGGCGGAUGGUUAUAAUGACGUUAAUACAAAUUAUAAUACCGUUGAUAAUUGUGAUACCGGUGAACUUCGAUCCAAGCUAUGAUAUACGAUAUGCUAUCGAUUCCGGAAAGAUACGAUUGUUUACAGACGCGCAGAGUACUUUCCUCGUAGCUCUAAUCGAUGGUGCUUCAUCAGUAAUCUCCACUACGUUAUCCAUGGUCUGCUAUGUGAUCACCUGUAUUGGGACGUACCGCCGGGCACACCUGGCUGCGGAAAUUCGUUUACUUGCCUCGUCGCUGCUGGUCUUUGGCAUUUUGGCUUUUAAUAGCCUCUUCCAAGUGGGAACAAUAUUAGCCACGUAUUGUGGUGUGCGAGAGAUGUAUAUGCUGCAGGAUUUGAGCUAUCCGAUAGUAGAUGCUAUAUAUUCCUGUCAACCCUGGGCUAUUCUUAUAUCAUCUUCAAUCGUGCGUCAAACAUUUUUUCGUCACCUUCGUCGGAAGCAAAAUAAGAAUGAUAUUACCAAUUUCUCAGUUCUUAUGAUAUCUAAAGUGAAGAGCACCGAGGCCUGGGGCUACGCGGUGAUACCCCAUGUACCUACUGUUUGCGGUCUUUCAAACGGCGGGGAUCGGUUAGCAAGUGAUAAGCGGAGAACAAUCUCCACACCGUCUUCAAGCCAUGACGAUGGAAAUGACGCCCCAAAGAUUUGCCGAACUCAUGAAGCAUUUCUACGAAGAGGGCUGGAUGCGUGGAAGUGGCGGAGCACUAGCUGCAACCUCUCGAGAUGUACGGAUAUUUUUGUCUAUGCGGCAAAGGAUUUCUCACCAGUUAUACAACCGGGUGGACUGAGGGUGACUUCUUGCCUGCCAUUGUUUGAAGCUAUAAUGAAUUCUUGCGCCGCGGGAUGCGUGAUUCACUCCCAUUCUCUGCAUUCAAAUUUAUUGACGCAAAUUGCAAAGGUGGCUGGGCAAGAUUAUGUUUGUUUUACCGAUCAGGAAUACCUCAAAGGUAUACGAUCCUCCGAGCUGCAGCGUUGCUAUGCAAAUACCGAUCAACUCAAAAUCCCUAUCAUUUCAAACAAACCAACUGAAGAACAAUUAUUGCCCGAACUGAAGCUCACGCUGCAAAAAUCUGGUGCCGCCAUCCCAGCCGUGCUUGUCCAAAACCACGGCCUAUUCGUUUGGGGUCGAACUUGGCAAGAAGCCAAAAUACACGCUGAAUGCCUGGAGUAUCUCUUCGAGUUGGCAAUUGAGGCCAGCAAAGCCGGGAUCAAGAUCUAC